AUGCGGUACCUGGAUGAUUAUUUCGCACUUUGGUCGCAUGGAAGAGAAAAACGGGAAGAGUUUUUGAAGUUUGUAAACCAGAUUGAUGGAAAAAUUCAAUUUACGAUGGAAGUAGAGGAGGGUGAGCGGUUACCGUUCCUUGAAGUUGAAGUGAUUCGCUCUAAUGGGACGCUCAAAAAGAAAUUGUUCAGAAAGAAGUCUUAUGUUGGAAUAAUACUCAUUUUCCGGUCCCAUUACAAAUACGGGCUAAAGAUAAUGAGGAACAUGAUCAUCCGAAGCCUAUGCCUAACAGAUUUAGAAUUUUGGGACGAGGAGUUGAACAAAUUGAUUAGGAUAUUCCUAAGGAACAUCAAAGGCUCUACAGGAAAAUGGAUGCCGAAAGAUCAGAACUAG